AUGCAUCGGGCUCUACUUGUUUCCGAUGUCCUCUUGUACAUAUUCACAUACGUGGAACAACUACCGCCUACCAUCUACACGCCAUCCGUCACGGCGUCUCCGGGUCAGAAAUGUCUUGCAUCGCUUGCAGCAACAUGCAAUGCCUUCUACGAGCUCGCGAUGGACUUGCUGUGGGCUGAUAUAUAUGGGGUAAAGCUACUACUAGGCUGUGUAACGAGGCUACAUCCACUGGUGUAUAGUUCAUUGUGGAAGUGGGGCCCACAGCCAGCAGGCGUCGAACCAUUAUCUGCUGACGAGGCCCGUCAAUUUUUGCGUCACUCCACUCGUGUUCGCUCAUUGGUCAUAGAACUCUCUGACGAUGGCGCUGUUCCACUCCUCUCGGUCAUCCCCGCCGACGUAUGCCUCUUCCCGAGGCUACGGGAGUUACGUCUUUCGGGUUCCAAACAUUUAGAGCUAUUCCUGUCCCACACCCUGCGCGAUUGUUAUGUAUAUUACGAUCCAGAGGAAGUGAUUCCUGUAGAUCAACUGCCCAAGCUGUCUGACCGUAUCCGUUUGUGCAAUCAGCUCGUAACUCUGUCUUGUCCACCCCUCGACUGGGCAACAUGGAAGCACCUUUCCACCCUCCCUACCCUGGUGAAAAUCGAAGUUCGUAGCAGUCUUGGCGCCCCUCCUUGGCUCGAGGAACAGCAUAUCUCACCAUUCCUUUACCUCACGUCUCUUUCCUUUACGGACAGCAGUGCUGCAUACGCGACCACCGUGCUGCAACACAUGAAAUUCCCCUCAUUGGAAAGUUUCUGGAUCGGUGUGGAGACUUUGGCUUCGACAGAGGUUGAACCAUUUUUUCGCGCACUAUCCCAAUGCAAACAGACACUGGAAACACUCACUAUUAUGUGGGAGGAAUACAACGACCCCCAACGCAGGCCUUUAACAGCGAUCCCACAUCUCCUUUCCCUUUCCUUCACACAGCUCCGAAGUCUGCGACUCCGUAGUUAUGAUUCCUGCAUCUACCUUGACAACAACGUUCUCUUGGAAGUCAUGUCAGCUUGGCCGCACCUCCAAGCUCUGCACAUAGAAGAGUGCGCUAUCUCUCCUUCCGUUACAUUCCACGGACUACUCACCGCAAUCCGUCAAUGUCCUCAGUUGGAAGCGUUCGGAAUGUUAAUUGACACUGUGAAUAUCGACGUCGAUCCUGAUGCUGAGCCCAUACAGCAUGCCUGCUUGCAAACGUUGCGGUUGGAAACACCCGAGUCUCCCACAGGAAAUGCUGAAGCUAUCGCUCGCAUCAUUUUCGAUUGGCUCCCUUGGGCCAUCAGAGAACCUGUGAGAAGAAGAUAUCGUCAUAUAUCGUUAUAUAUCGUAAUAUAUAGGAAAGGUUUUCGUCACAUUGUAAUAUAA